CAAUCAUCGAAAAUGGUAGACGAACCUAUCGACUGUGAUUUUCCUGUUUGGGGAUUAUUACCGAAAAAAGAGACGGGGGUUGUGUCCUUUUUAAAUAAAUAUCCUAAAUACGAUGGCAGAGAUACAAUUAUCGCUAUUUUUGACUCCGGCGUUGAUCCAGCAGCCGCUGGUUUGCAGGUGACCAGUACUGGAGAAACGAAGGUUAUAGAGAGAUACGACUGCAGCGGGUGUGGCGACGUUGAUACCAGCACGGUUAUAAAAAAAGUUACCGACGGACACAUUACCGGCCUGACGGGCCGAAAGUUGAAAGUCCCAGAAACAUGGAAAAACCCCACUGGUACUUAUCGUGUCGGUAUACUACAUCCAUUCUCAUUGUACCCUUCGAAAUUGAGGGAGCGGAUACAGGAACACCGCAAAGAGCACCUUUGGGAUGUAGGACAUAAGCCAGCUUUUGCAGCAGCUAAUAAACAAUUGCAGGACUUUGAAUCAGAAGUUGUUUCGAAGAAUCCAACCUUAAGCCUUGAAGACAAGUUUAUGAAAGAGGAGCUAGAGGCCAGAGUGGAAGUUUUGCAAAAUGCAGAGAAAAAGUACACAGAUCUUGGCCCUACAUAUGACUGUGUUUUGUUUCACGAUGGGGAAGUGUGGAGGGCAUGUAUUGAUACGUCAGAGAGUGGAGAUCUUGCAUCUGGACCUUUACUGGGCGAGUACAGUGCAACACAUGAGCAUACUCACUUAACAGAUCUGGAUGAGAUGACAAUCAGCAUCAAUGUUCAUGAUGAGGGUCAAACAUUGGAAGUUGUUGGAAUGUGCUCAACUCAUGGAACCCACGUAGCGGCUAUUGCAUCUGGCUACUUCCCCGACGAGCCUGACAAGAACGGUGUGGCGCCUGGUUCCAAGAUCAUCUCGCUCACAAUCGGCGACAGCAGGCUCGGUUCAAUGGAGACUGGUACAGCCUUAAUCAGAGCUUGUAUCAAGGUCAUGGAGCUGUCCAAGAAGAUGAAGAUUGAUGUCAUCAAUAUGAGUUAUGGUGAACAUGCACAUUGGUCCAAUGCUGGGCGGGUGGGGGAGACGAUCUGCGCGGUGGUGAACCGGUACGACGUGGCCUGGGUGGUGUCGGCCGGGAACCACGGGCCGGCACUCGCCACACUCGGCGCGCCGCCCGACCUCGCACAGCCCGUGCUCAUCGGUGUGGGCGCGUACGUGUCGCCGGAGAUGAUGGCGGCCGCGUACUCCAUGCGGGAGAGACUCGGCGGCGGAGCCUUCAGCUGGAGCUCACGAGGACCCGCGCCCGACGGAGGCAUCGGGCUCGCCGUGUGCGCCCCCGGCGGCGCCGUCGCAUCCGUCGCCAGGUUUACAUUACGAAAUUCUCAACUAAUGAACGGUACUUCAAUGGCCGCCCCGCACGUCGCCGGUGUUGUCGCGGCUUUAAUUUCCGGUCUGAAGGACAAGAAUCUUCCGUAUUCACCGUACUCAAUUAAAAGGAUGCUGGAAAAUUCUGCUACAUACCUCAGUCACGUGGAACCCUGGGCGCAAGGUGCAGGAUUGGUUAACAUCGAGAAGGCGUUCGAUUACCUGACGAGCUACCACUCCGUGCCCGAGCGUGACGUCACGUUCAGCAUCCAGUGCGGCGCCGCCAACGGCAAGGGCGUGCUGCUGCGGCCGCGCCCCGCAGACCCGCCCCUCGACAUCGCGCUCACCGUCGAGCCGCACUUCCUGCACCACCACGACGACGUCGACAACAAGGCGGUGAUCCAGAAGCAAAUCUCGUUCGGGAUGCGGCUGGCGCUGGCGUGCGCGGCCGAGUGGGUCGCCGCGCCCGCGCACCUCGACCUCGCGCACGCCGCGCGGCCCAUAGCGCUGCGCGUGCGCACCGCCCGCCUGCCGCCCGGCGCGCACUUCGCCAGUGUGAACGCGUACGACGUGAACUGUCCGGAGCGCGGCGCGGUGUUCCGCGUGCCCAUCACCGUGCUGCAGCCCGUCUCCCCCGCACCCCACGCGCCCUUCACUGCCACCGACGUGCUGUUCCGCCCCGCACACAUCGCUCGUCACUUCCUCAUACCUCCUAACGGAGCGACAUGGGGCGUGCUGAAGAUGUGGACAUCGGAUCAGGAAAAGACGGGCAGGUUCCUAGUGCACACGAUGCAGUUGCUGCCGCGGCGCAGUUGCCGCUGUCACGAGACGCAGAAGAUGGUUAACGUCACUGGGGAAGCACCGACCCUGCUCCCAUUCCAAGUUGUGGAUGGAGUGACAAUAGAGGUGGUGAUUGCGAAGUACUGGGCGAACAUCGGGGAGCUGAGUGUGAGCUACACGAUCGAGUUCCACGGACUGAAGCCGGACUUCGGGUCGCGGCUGGUGGUGGCGGCCGGGGAGGGGGUCCGCGCCAUCACUGUCGGGGCACUGAGACUGCAGGAGGUGCAGCCCGUCGCGCAGCUCAAGUACUCCGAGCCAGUCGUCAGGCCAUCAGAAUCCAAAAUUAUACCGCUAACUGCACGCGACAUCAUCCCACCAACCAGACAGAUAUACCAACUCCUAAAUACAUACAACUUCCACAUCGCGAAGGCCACUGAGGUGUCACCGAUUAUCACCAUGUUGAGCGAGAUGCUGUAUGAGUCUGAGUUUGAGUCCCAGAUGUGGAUGUUGUACAACAGUUGCAAACAGCUGAUGGGCGUCGGAGAUGCAUACCCCUCGAAGUAUUCAGUGAAACUGGAGAAGGGCGACUACGUGCUGCGCGUGAACGUGAGGCACGAGAACCGGUCGCUGCUGGAGCGGCUGCAGGAGCUGCCCGUGCUGGUGCAGCAGCGCCUCCCGCAGCCCAUCACCCUCGACGUGUACUGCUCACACCUCCAGGCAUUAACUGGAGGCAAGAAAUUCGUGUCGGCGUCCCUUUCUAACGGGAAUGUGCUACCGUUAUAUAUUGCUGCUUUACCUGCCGAUAAACUGGCGCGGUCGACGCUGAGCGUGGGCCAGAACCUGACGGGCACCCUCACGCUGGCGCGCGACGAGCUCGGCCGCCGCGUGGACGCGCGCGCGCUGCACUACGCCGCGUGCGAGGCGCCGCGCCGCCCGCCGCCCCGCGACAGGGACCGCGCCAGGCCCGCCGACGACUACUCCGACGCCUGCAAGGACUUCGCCACCGGCUGGCUGCCCAAGCUCGAAGGCGAAAAGCUAGAGCAGCUGUAUGAAGAGAUGCAGCAGAAGUUCCCAGGAUACCUGGGGACUCACAUAGCAUAUUUGCAAGCCGUUGACCCGCCUACGGAUCCUAAGAAAUUACCACACGCCAAUCAAGAACCAGAUGUGACGAAAGCGUGGUGUGAACAACUCAUCGCUAUAUCAGAUAAGGUGAUCAAAGCAAUAGAUCAAGAUAAGCUGCUGGCCUAUCUGGGCACGAAGAACGAUAUACGAAGCGAUGCGAACAAAAUAAAACAGGAGCAGGAGCGACUGCGCGGGUGGGCCGUGGAGGCGUGGUGCCGGCGCGGCGCGGCGCUGUGUCGUCUGCACCAGCUCGCACCAGACAACCCCACGCUGGCCGCCGCCGCCGCCGGCAACUACGCGGACCUGCUGCGGUUCACUGACCUCACCGACCCCAAGGUACGUCUGCACCAGCUCGCACCAGACAACCCCACGCUGGCCGCCGCCGCCGCCGGCAACUACGCGGACCUGCUGCGGUUCACUGACCUCACCGACCCCAAGGUACGUCUGCACCAGCUCGCACCAGACAACCCCACGCUGGCCGCCGCCGCCGCCGGCAACUACGCGGACCUGCUGCGGUUCACUGACCUCACCGACCCCAAGGUACGUCUGCACCAGCUCGCACCAGACAACCCCACGCUGGCCGCCGCCGCCGCCGGCAACUACGCGGACCUGCUGCGGUUCACUGACCUCACCGACCCCAAGGUACGUCUGCACCAGCUCGCACCAGACAACCCCACGCUGGCCGCCGCCGCCGCCGGCAACUACGCGGACCUGCUGCGGUUCACUGACCUCACCGACCCCAAGGUACGUCUGCACCAGCUCGCACCAGACAACCCCACGCUGGCCGCCGCCGCCGCCGGCAACUACGCGGACCUGCUGCGGUUCACUGACCUCACCGACCCCAAGGUACGUCUGCACCAGCUCGCACCAGACAACCCCACGCUGGCCGCCGCCGCCGCCGGCAACUACGCGGACCUGCUGCGGUUCACUGACCUCACCGACCCCAAGGUACGUCUGCACCAGCUCGCACCAGACAACCCCACGCUGGCCGCCGCCGCCGCCGGCAACUACGCGGACCUGCUGCGGUUCACUGACCUCACCGACCCCAAGGUACGUCUGCACCAGCUCGCACCAGACAACCCCACGCUGGCCGCCGCCGCCGCCGGCAACUACGCGGACCUGCUGCGGUUCACUGACCUCACCGACCCCAAGGUACGUCUGCACCAGCUCGCACCAGACAACCCCACGCUGGCCGCCGCCGCCGCCGGCAACUACGCGGACCUGCUGCGGUUCACUGACCUCACCGACCCCAAGGUACGUCUGCACCAGCUCGCACCAGACAACCCCACGCUGGCCGCCGCCGCCGCCGGCAACUACGCGGACCUGCUGCGGUUCACUGACCUCACCGACCCCAAGGUACGUCUGCACCAGCUCGCACCAGACAACCCCACGCUGGCCGCCGCCGCCGCCGGCAACUACGCGGACCUGCUGCGGUUCACUGACCUCACCGACCCCAAGGUGUUGCAUUAUGGCGUUUGGCACUGCUUCACCAACAAGCAUUGGGGGCGAGCCAUCAAACUCCUCAACAAGAUCCAAGAGGAGCGCCCCUCCAAGGAGGUGGAGGAGCGGCUCCUCGAGGCGUACGAGCAGCUUGGGUGGAAGUACCUCGCCACGGCCACCCAGCUCUCCUUACCAAUUAAGUACCCUUCAGUCUACCGGCCCUUCUGAGGGUGGAUAUCGGAUGAAUAAUAAUAUAAUAAGCUUCGAAUAUCGACUUAUAUCUUUAUAGUAACCGGGUUAUGACAAUAGGUAUUAUUCUAUUUUAAAUCAACUGCCUCAGAGAUGAGAGUUUUAUUUCGACUGCGUCAGGAUCUCUGGAUUGAUUUUUUAAUAAAGGUAAUAUGACAGAUUUAAAGAAACAUGACUGAUAUGAUGUAGUGGUAAAUAUUUUUAUAUGUGGGUGUGUUUUUUUAACUGGUAGUAGCAAAAAAGGCCCCAAA